AUGAAAAGCUGAUGGAUGCGCCCAAGUCCAAGGAUGACGUGAAAUGCUGGGAUUUCGCAGAUGUGGUGGAUGAUAUCAAGGAUAGCCUGGAAAGCUCCAAAGACCAGUCACUGAAAGAACUGGCACGGAAUGGCUUUCCCAAGAUCUCCUCGAGAGUAAAAGAGCGUUUGAAGAACAUUUUCCAGGAACUGCAACAGGGCAGUGGCGCAGUCCUGCUUCGUUUCCCUCCCGGCUGGCUGGAGAACGUGGGUGAAGACGUCUGUGAACGCGCCUUCCUUGGGCUGUGUGCUCAAUUGGGUCGCCCUGUUAUACAAUCAACGGACCUGCAGGAGAUUUCUGCGCGAGUCGAGACGGCCAAGACACCGGAAGUCCUGGCCGCGAAGCAUACCCUGCGCCGGGGCUAUAGAAAUGCCAAGGAUCAGUUCUUGCACAAUGAUUCUUCCAUCCCAGCUGCGCGUGGUGAAGGGAUCUGCGACAUUCUGGCCAUGUUCUGCUACCGUCCCUCAGCGAAGGGUGGCAUCAGCAAGAUGGCCAGUGCGGUUGCCAUCCAUGAGCAGCUUAGAGGGCAGCCGGAGGUGCUGAAAGCUGCCCAGCAAGGUUUCAAAUACAACGCAGCCAUGGUUGAAUAUCAUCCAGAUUGGAGGCAACCUGCGAUGGGAACCGAACGACCCAUGGUGUUUCAGGAUCGAAAAGGGAGGCCCUGUGUGCAAUAUGCCAAGAACAUGGUUGAAACCAUCUCUGCUGCCUAUGAUGAUCCAGCUGAAUUGGAAAAGGUGACACUGAAACUCAGUGGAUUGGAAGCUGUUUGCAGCGAUCCUGCGGUUGUGCAGUACUGGCCUCUGGGGGCCGGUGAGGCAUAUCUGGUGGACAACUAUCGAUGGCUCCACGCGCGCACGGACUUUGAGGACGACCCAAAGAGCCCGCGGCUCUUCUUCCGUCUCUGGCUGCAGGUGGAGAACUUUGAUUCCAUCGCUUGAUGGAGCCGAAGAUUCAUCCGAAUGGUGCUGUUGGUGCUGUCAGCUUCCAAAGAUGGCUGUUGAAUUUGAUUCGAUCCACGUCUAUCCAGGUCUAUUUUCUGUGACUAGGGUAGCAAUUGACCAAGAUCUCCAUUGCGCAGAGCGCCUGUGCUUCUCGGAGCCAAGAUCCGACGCGCAGCUGUUGCUGAGAUGGCGAAGUA